GCCGAGCGCGUCCGGGAGCCGGCCGCCUCAGGGAUGGACGAAACGAGCCCCCUGGUGUCCCCGGAGCGGGCCCACCCCCCGGACUACACGUUCCCGUCGGGCCCGAGCCAGGGCGCUCACUUCCCGCAGGUGCCAGGGGCCGUGGUGCGGGUGGUGCCGCCGUCCGGCCUGGGGCCGUCGCCGCCGGGCUCCCCGGGCCGGGACCGGGAGCGGCAGCCUCUGCUGGAGCGGGGCCCGGGCGGGGCGCGGGGCGCGGCGGUCCAGGCGCAGGCCCAGGCCGUGGCGGCCCAGGCUCAGGCCCUGGCGGCCCAGGCCCACGCGGCGGCGCAGGCGGCGCAGGCCCAGCGGGAGCGGAACGAGUUCCCGGACGACCCCGAGUUCGCCGAAGUGGUGCGGCUGGCCGAGCUGGCGAGCGAGCGCGGCAUCUACCCCGAGCGCAUCUACCAGGGCUCCAGCGGCAGCUACUUCGUCAAGGACCCCCAGGGGAAAAUCAUUGGUGUCUUCAAACCCAAGAAUGAAGAGCCAUAUGGGCACCUUAACCCCAAGUGGACCAAAUGGCUACAGAAGCUGUGCUGUCCUUGUUGCUUUGGCCGUGAUUGUCUUGUCCUCAAUCAGGGCUAUCUCUCAGAGGCAGGGGCCAGUUUGGUGGACCAAAAACUGGAACUCAAUAUUGUACCCCGUACUAAGGUAGUAUACCUGGCUAGUGAGACUUUCAACUACAGUGCCAUUGAUCGAGUGAAGUCCAGGGGGAAACGACUUGCCCUAGAGAAAGUGCCAAAAGUUGGACAACGGUUUAACCGGAUCGGGCUGCCACCCAAGGUUGGUUCAUUCCAGCUCUUUGUUGAAGGCUACAAGGAUGCUGACUAUUGGCUGCGGCGAUUCGAAGCAGAUUCACUGCCUGAGAACACUAAUCGGCAGCUGCUAUUGCAGUUUGAGCGGUUGGUGGUACUAGAUUACAUCAUCCGAAACACUGAUAGAGGCAAUGACAAUUGGCUGAUCAAAUAUGAUUGUCCGAUGGAUAAUUCCAGCUACCGGGACACAGACUGGGUAGUGGUGAAGGAGCCCGUUAUCAAACUGGCUGCCAUAGACAAUGGGCUGGCUUUCCCUCUGAAGCAUCCUGACUCCUGGAGGGCGUAUCCUUUUUAUUGGGCUUGGCUGCCCCAAGCCAAAAUUCCAUUUUCCCAGGAAAUCAAAGACUUGAUCCUUCCAAAGAUAUCUGAUCCUAACUUCAUCAAGGACCUGGAAGAGGAUCUGUAUGAGCUCUUCAAGAAAGAUCCUGGUUUUGACAGGGGCCAGUUUCACAAGCAAAUUGCUGUCAUGAGGGGUCAGAUCUUGAAUCUAAGCCAGGCCCUGAAAGACAAUAAGAGCCCCCUUCAUCUAGUCCAGAUGCCACCUGUGAUUGUGGAGACAGCCCGGUCCCACCAACGGAGCGCCAGUGAAUCUUACACACAGAGCUUUCAGAGCCGGAAGCCCUUCUUCUCCUGGUGGUAGCCCUGCCGGCUAAUGAGAUGCUGUCUCAGACUUGGGGACUGGGAGGGAGCCUGGGGAGCAUCUUUGAGAUAAGCCAGCGAAACAGGUGGAAUCGUCUACUUGAGAGCCCUUCCCCUCUGGUAGAGCCAAAGAGCUUUGCAAAAUAUGGGGAGAACCACCACCAGACAUACUGGGGUAGUCUUAGGCCCUGGUGUUGCCUUUUACAUUCUGGGUAAGGUCAGAAUUCUGCAGGGGAAUGUCAGGGGCACUAGGGAGGGAGCACCUCCUUUAACUUCACCCGGCUGCAGGUUUUGAAAUGCGCCAUCCCAGAUAUCCUACUCUGUUGCAGUUCCCUAUCACUUGCAUCAGUUCUGCAUCAGAACCUCCCCCCAAAAACAUUAAACUCUCACAGCAAUAUCCUGGCAUAACAUUAUCCCUCAAAAAUGUACACAACAUGAUAUCAGUUCAGAAAUAACCUUGGGUGAAUUCAGGAGCCUAGGUUCCCUGUGUACAUGGAGGUGAGAGAUUGUGUCACAGUACAUCAAAGUGGAUAAGACUUCUGAGACCUUGAGCUGAAAAGUCAUGCCUUUCCUUUUAGUUUUUACUCUGUCUUUUCCUGCCCACCAAGCCCCACUAGAAAGUCCCUUUUGUUCCCUUUCCACCUCAACAGUGGCAUAUAGUCUGCUUCGAAAUCUACUGGCACAUUUGUGGUUUUAUUUUUACAAAGUCUAUUUUAGCUGUAGGUCCUUAGGCAGCUUUGCCUAAGCCCAUGUGGAUCCUACUGGCUCUCAGGACUGCCGUGGACCUGGCCCCUCUAGCCCAGGCCUGCUGUGCAGAGGCAGUAGUGGUCAGACUUGUUUUAAUAGGGAGGCACAUUCCCAGCAUUCAGCUCUCCACAUGGUCUGAUGUGUAUGUACACUGGGAGCUGUAGUUGACUUGUCUUUAUGACUACUUAAACUUAGUGGACCUUGCUUUGAUUGGUCUGUCCUACUUCUAUCCCCACCCCACUUUCUUUAGUGCUUGGCCCUGGCCACUCAAGUAGACUUCCUUUCCCUCAGCAAGCUUCCGUCUCAGCCUUCUAAUGUGUCCUUAGACUUUUAAAUUCUUUCCUAGUUCUUUUCUCAGAGGAGUCCAGUCCUUGAGAAAGCUUCUUAUCCUGCCAUUUACUUCACCUUGCCUACAGUUCAUGCUUGGCCUUGGCUCUUAGAGUAAGGAUUUAAGUUCUUCCUUUUACUGGCUGCUAGUGCCUGGUCCACCCCAUUGUCCUGCUGCUUCGUCCCUUCCUUGGAGAGAAGGUAUGGAAGAAACAAAAUAUGAGUUUUAUUUUAAUCCUUUGUCGUUUUUAUUGUGUGACAUGCUUUUCAGAGUGGAAUGGUAGGAAGUAAGCAUUGGUAAUAUUCUUUCCUUUCAUCUCUUUCCCUCUAUUAGACAGUUCUUCCCUUUUUAAGAAAGCAGGCCCCAAAGGAAGGAGUCCUUCACUGCCUCCCCCAGUUCACCCAUCCUCCUGUUUCCAGCAGACUGCCUUCAUGUGACCAUUCCCCCAACUGCUGUCCUUGCCCAGGCCUAGGAUUCCUUUCAUGCAAAGGCUCUUUGAUGGUACAGUGGAAUAGAGCAUAUCCUGUGUAGUGGUUGAAUUCUAUUUUGAGGAUGGCACACCAUACUACUAUGGCUAUGUGGAUUUCAGCACUCUCCCUGUCACGAACAGCGGAAUUAGCCUUGCAAAGAAAUUAUCUUGAUGGUUUGACCAGUAACCAAAGAAGGGAGUGCCCUCAGCCUGUCCAGUUUCUUCCUUAGAGGCUAGAAAGCAGUGGUGGAGAUCAUCUCUCUUUUCCUUGGCCUUUGUGUUCUGCCAUAGGAUUCUUGUUUUCUGUUAGGAAGAGUCUGUAAGUCCAUCUGCAUGGCCCCAAGGACAGGGACAACCCAGCUCUCUAGCACUGACAAUCCCAAUCAGCAAUCCUGUCCUGAUUCUCAGGCUGGGUGACACGCAUUUGAAAACAAGUGACCUACCCUCCAAAGGCAGGCGAUUCCCACAGAGACUGCCCAAUUCUGUGCAAACUAGAACCAAGCUCCAAACUCUCCACAGGUACAAAGACCUGUUGGAGGAAAGUGAAUUUUGCUUAUGGUGUGUAUAUGUUUAUAGAUGCACAUCAUAUGUCAAGUUCUCUCCACCCACCCCACCUACUCCCCCAGAAAGAUGGGGAGAGCCCUUGAAGUUUUAAGAUAGGGAUGGUUAAAUCCCUAAAUUGUUUCUCCAGUUUAAGAUGAGCAGAGGAUCAGAAGGAAAUUGAGACAGAGGAGGGAGUCAGUUCCUGUCCCCUAGCAGUGAUAUGAAUGCAGGGUCUCUUCCCAGCCCCUAGUGAUUAGAAGUCUUGGAGGCUGGAUUCAGGCUGCCCUGAAUAGACUGAAAGGAACCAGAGAUCCAGUAGGAGUCUUCUGAAUAAAAUGGAGCAAACUGACUCUUUUUGCUGGCAAGGGGCUUUCCUCCAGUAGUGAGGAGAGAAGUGGAGUCCUGGUUACUGUGAUUGCUGCUGCCCCCAUGUAUUGUUCUAAUGCACUGUAGAAACUGUAUGUAAUGUAUUUAUAACAAUGCAAAUGUACAAAUAACGAAUUCGG